GGCCCAGAAGGCGGCUUCGAUGAUACACCCAUCCCGUCCCGCCCGCCAGGCUACACGCUCAAGAUCACCAUCCAUAGGGCAACGCACCUCCCCAUGGCCGACUACAACACCCUUUCCUCGGACCCAUACGUACUAGCCCAGAUCGACACUGACACGCCGACACGGCACAAGGAGGACCCUCCGUUGCGCUUCCGAACGCCUACCAUCCGCCAGAAUGUCGAGCCGGUAUGGAACGAAGACUGGAUCGUGGCCAAUGUGCCGGCUUCAGGGUUCAAACUGAAGCUCCGUGUGUACGAUGAAGAUCCCGCCGACAAGGAUGACCGGCUGGGCAAUGUGCAUGUGCAUGUCAAUUCGAUCAACGACAGCUGGCAAGGCAUCAAUGAGCAGCCGUACGAGAUUAUGAUGCGCUCGGGUAGUAAGCGAGCGUACUUCAUCCGCAUGAUGGCUGUGUGCCUGAACCGCUCCAAACACAUCCGUGGCGACCUGUAUGUGAGUAUUGAGAACCUUGGCCGGACCAAGGACGAUGGUCAGAACGGCCGUCUCUACACAGUCGGUCCCUGUCGUUGGAUCAAGCACUUCGAUCCAAUCCUUGGCCGUAUGGUGAACAUCCGGGAACCGGACGAGGACGAGAGCGAAGAGAAGCCGGCGGAAGAUCACGCAAACGGUUCGCAAAACCAGCAAACCAAGGGCAAGCGUGAAGUGAAGCAUUACAACUUCCAAGCCAACCAGCUCCAGCUCGAAGGACCCGUCCCCGCCCAACUAUACCACCGCUUCGUCGAGUUCAAACCAUGGGUCAAGCGCAUGUUCACCUCUUCCGGCAUCGAAGGCUACGUUCUCGGCAAAGCUCUGCAUCACCAGCAUUCCCGCAUCUACAACUUUGACCGGCGGACUGAAUGGGGCCACUUUCCGCAGGGGCCCUGCCCGGAAAUGACGAGACAGUUCCUCGACCUCGUCCACUGGGACAAGGGCGGCCGCAUCUUCACCUACGUCCUUACCCUCGACGCUCUGUGGCGCUUUACCGAGACAGGCAAAGAGUUCGGCAUCGACCUGCUGAGCAAACACACCAUGCACAGCGACGUCAACAUCUACAUCGCAUGGUCCGGCGAAUUCUUCAUUCGCCGCUUGAAACAUGCGCGUCGACCCCCGCCUCCCGAACCAGCCGAGUCGAGCUCCCAGAACCAUCCUCCCGACCAUGCACCCAACCCCUCACACCCACCAAACGAUGUGAGCAACGGCCCACCAACCGACGAACCACCCAAAGACCCGGCCUACUACGAACUAGUAAUCGACAAUGACUCCGGUACAUACCGCCCCAACGCCUCCCUCCUCCCGGUCCUCAAGGACUUCCUCGCCCGCUCCCUGCCGGGCUUGCACAUUCAAACGCUAGACUGCGUGAAGGACGCGGAGAAGAUGGGCAAGAUGAAGGACGAACAGCGCGAGCGAAAGAAGCGCGAAGGCGACACUAUCGUCUUUGCGCAAGGGGACCGCUCGAGUUCCAUUUCGUCUUCGGAUGAGGAAGAUCUGGAUCGGGUACAGGCG